CACAGCUGAUCGAAUGGCGUAAAUUUGUACCACCAAUUUGUCCAAUGUCUUCAGCAUGUCUUUUGAAACUGUUGACAUUACGGUCGGAAAUUCGACCGAAACGGUAUCGAUAAAUUCGUUAUGGGCCCGAGAUGACAAUCCUGGAUGGCGCGCCUUAAUAGAGGCAUACUUCGGCCAGCGUAGUACUUUAAAUUCCCUCAAAGCGAGGGAGCAACCAGUUCUCGAAAUCCCGAUUGCAGAAGAGUUCGAUCUUCCUCAGAAAAUCCUUAUUCGCUCAGAGCUACAAACGAUGUAUAAAAGAGUCGGUGCGCUGUAUGAGACUAAACUGAGAGCCGGUGCAAUCAUCAGUGGGCAGCCUGGCUGUGGUAAAUCGACCUCAAUAGUUUACUUUUUGGUGGAACAACUCGCCGAUAAACGGCCCGUCUACGUGAUGGACAAAAGCGAUCAGGUCUACUUCAUAACUAACAUGGGUACUUGGGUUAGCUCUGCUGGAGUUCUUCACACGCAUUUGGGAUUCCCAAUGCGACGCCUUUGGGUUCUAAUAGAUUCGAAGUCAUCAAAAGUUGAACCCAAGAGGCUAGUCUUGAACGCCGGUUUCGCUGUAUGUGUCCCGUCCCCUGCCCUUGAACGGUAUAAAGAUUGGAUGGUCCAACACGGAAUACCUGUAUAUUUCUUGAAUCCGUGGGUUCCGUCAGAUCUACGAAAAUGUCUACCACUCAUUUUCGAUUCCAUCUUUACCCGAGUGCAACCUCACAUUCAAGAAGUCGAAGAGCAGGAAGAAAUCUUCCUUGAUGCGCUCUAUUACUGUGUACCAACUCCUCGCGCUCUGCGCAUGUAUUUCGAGCCCUUGAUGCUGGAGGACCAACACUCGGAAUCUGACCAAGAUUCCGAGCAGACGCCCUUGGUAAUGCAGCUCUUGGAAUCGGGGCAGACAGCCUUAGGAACUGAGCAGACGCCCUUGAAUUCCCAGGGCCCGUUGAAUCCCGCGAAGAAUAAGUAUGUGCUAGCUUUGGUAGAUGCUAUAAACCGCUUGAACAGCCUCCGGGAGCUGGCCAAAAUCCUCGAAAUUCGCGUGGAGGCGGGGUAUGCCAGCGAAAUAUCCCAUCAGCUAUUGUGCAUCUAUCGCUCUGAGCCGCACGGUAGCCCUUCAAAUCGCCUUGUAAAAAUCACCAGCGAUACUGCGUAUAUGGAUUUCGCCUCUCCCUGGGUUGGCGAAGAAUUACUUCGACGGCACAGCGAGGGGCAGCUUUCCGAUUUGUGCAGAUUUUAUCAUAAAAUGUCAGAGACGUCGGAUCUCGGUGUUGCUGCCGGAGUGAUAUUCGAGCGUCUUUUCGUCAAGAGGAUUAUUACUCCCUCCCUGACCAACCUACGGUUCGGUCUAUACUCUGCCCUCAACACUCCUCCCAGGCGGCAGACCAGAAAGAGGGCGAAAACUCCUCACACCAGAUUCAUUGGUUUCGCCCUCGUCCGGCCUUCUUCGAAAUCCGCUCUUCGUUGGUCAAAUUCCGAGGCAGACGAAGUGAACAAACUCGACCCUCCUGAUGCGGAUGAUACAAAGGAGGGCGAUGGUGCUACGGACGAUCCUAAUACCUUGUUCAUACCGCAACCGCGCUGGAACGACGCGUUUUCUUUAAACCAAUACCAUAUGAUCCAGGAGGUAGAACCGGUACUGUGUACUCUCCACGUUCCAUCUAAGCGGAACAAUCCUCUGUUCGACGCUCUUCUUUUGCAGGAGGACAGUCCUAGCUGCGUUACGCUUUGGGUUAUUCAAAUCACUGCUGCCAAGAUGCAUGGGGAAGCAAGCGCUGGCUACAAUGAUAUCCAAGUCAUUUACAAUCGAAGCGUGGAGAAAUAUGGUGAUGGUAACGUGCGUGUAGGGUACAUGUUGUUGGUGCCGCCAAAGUAUCACCAGGUCGAGUGGACCUUUGAGGAUAUUCAUCUGCUACCAGAAAAUCUCCGACCUAGUAACGGUAACGUCUUUAUCCAAGUUUUCCAAGUCGAUGAAUUGGAAACUAGUGUAUCAUACGAUGGAAGUUCGCCGUUUUGACUCUUCCUGACUGUGAUUCCGUUAUUAUUUCUUCUUGACACUUCGUUGUAGUUCAUUUUUUCUCGAUUCUUCUUAAACGACUGUGAGCACAAAUUCUCAAGCCAAAUUGCACCGACAAACAAGGUCGCACGAGGCCGUUUUCGGACUGGUAAUUUAUCUUACUACAAUCUA